CCAGUCGUAAUUUAGGUUCAUUUAUUUUAGAUUUAUCUGCCGAUCGACAGCUAAUUUGUGUGCCCCAUUGACAAAGCAACACAGUUGUUGAAUUAUGAAUUCCGAUAACGACUAUACUAUAUGCAACCUCGAUUCACAUUCGUAUGGGAAUGGAUAUACAAAUUCUGAAAUACCUGGCACACUAUAUGGCUAUAAUUCUAUCAAUAACAGGUCUAUAGACACGGGACAACACUACUACGGAGCGGAAAACCUCGUUCCACCGGGGAUCUCGGGGGUUGAUCUGUCUCUGGGGACAAGUCAAGGUUUGUCCUACCCAGUCAACACACCGGUGAUCCCCAGGGGACCGAGACAUGGGUACGAACUUCCCGACCCCCAGCCCCAUCCGGGGACUGUGGAUCCCUACAUGGCUGGACAUCAUGGGUUGACAUUGAACGGUGAUGCUCAUUUAGGAGGGGGUGGGGGCCUUAGCCUCUCCCCCGGGCGGACAAGUUACGUGGGAUCAUGUGUUGACACUUUAGGGUCUUGUUCUUUGUCGAACAUGUACGGGGCCACAAUGUCACAGCCAAACUCCGGACACAUUAAGACGGAGCCGACGGCCGCCCAGAGCCUUACCAAUAAACCAUUCAGGUGGAUGCAGAUUAAACGGAACCCCGGAAAAACAGUGCCGACGACUACCAAACAAGGAGAUUUUGGAUUCACAACAGCGGUUACCACAGCAACACCACAGCAGCCAAACAUGGGGCGUACCAACUUCACAAACAAACAAUUAACAGAAUUGGAGAAGGAAUUCCAUUUUAAUAAAUAUUUAACACGUGCUCGGCGGAUAGAAAUAGCUGCAUCGUUAGGGCUCAACGAAACUCAAGUGAAAAUAUGGUUUCAAAACAGAAGAAUGAAACAGAAAAAACGCAUGCGUGAAGCUCAGUUUGAAAAUUCAAUGCGAGACAAUUGCCAAUUGAACAUAGACGGACUUGGAAUGAGCGCCAUGACAUUAUGUCAGGAAGGGCGGUAGGACGAUAGCCACAGGUGGCCUGUGAAAUACCUCGUUGUGAAAUUUUUAUUUCUGUUUCUCCACUCGUCAGAAUUCAUUUUGUUUUCUUGUCCUAAGGACAAAUAUUAUAAAGCUGGUAUGCUGUCGAUGAUUAGUGCUUGAAACCAAAUUGUUGUCAAGAAAACCGAAUUGCGUUUCUCCCUCAUUUCAAGUGAACAUAAGUGAUAUCCUCUAAAUACAGGGUAUAAUGGAAAUAACGUUGGAAAAGUCCCCUUGACGCAAUGCAUGCUUCCUGAAUUUCAACUUAGGCUCAAACCUUGACCUUCGAACUCUGGUGUUAUUAUAUUGUUAUCAUUUAUCGUUCCUGUGUUAUUGAAAGUAGCUUCUCACAUACUAUGAAAAUGUUAUGAAGUUUUCGUACAAAAUGAGCAACAUGUUACAGUGGCUGUUAUCGCCAUGACAUUUUAUGUCGUUUGUGCACUGUGAAUUUGCAGUGCAUUAAAUAAACUGGGCAGUGAGCAAUGUCAUUGAAUUUUGCGAGUUUAAAACUCUAAUGAAUUACAUUGAGGAAUUGGGAAGCCAAAUAUCAUUUAUUUAUCUGAACACUCUGUGAUGUUCUUAAAUCAUAUUCAGGCGAUGUUAACUAUUGACCUAGUCAUUUUAUUAUUAUACAGCGUAUAUUUUGCUUUUAUCUAAAUCCUUUGAAGGUGAUAUGAAUAUGUAAUUUGUAACCCGUGAAUAAUUUGCAUAAUGUUUACUACUAGGAAAAUGCGUACUUUUUUAUAAGUCAUGUUUUCCUUGCGUAGGAAAGUUAAAGUAUCCAUUUUUACUAAUAUCUUAAUUACUUUUCGUCAUCCAUUGAUGUUUGUCUGUGUGUUAUAAGACUACAUUCCACUGAAUCAGUGAUUUAAGAACUAUAUCCUGGUGCGUGAUAACACAGAUAUGUAAAGAUGGUGCUCAGGCUGUGACGACGUCUGAUAAUCAACGUCAAUGGUAAAUUUCCCUUCUAGAGGAACAAAUGGAAACCUCCCUUUCUUGGCUUUUAAACAAAUUGACGUCAUCAUUAUGAAAUAAGUUAUGAUAUGAAUAGUUCAUUUUUAUUCAAAUAGAAAACGUUGCUGUAUCAAAGGGCGGCAUAUCAUAAUUUCGACCAUUCUAUUACACAAUACCUCCUCUCUGAAGAAUUUUCUCUCGAUUUAAAUAUCAAACUGGAAUCAAAAUCAAAAUGAUGUUUCCCGAUUGGAAUGAUUAAACUAUCUAUACACAGAACAAUGUUAAUGAUUUUACAAGAGAAAUACAAUUGAUCGCAAAGAUACAAAUCUUUCCAUUUGAACUUAGCAAUACGCCAUGUGCCUUUCGCCACACAUAUUGUAAGCCAUAUAGGAAGGGAGGUAACCCAUUAUUGAUUCGUUCCAAUAUAAGAUGUUUUUAGUCACGCGCUGAAAGUGCGUAUUAGUUUUCUAUGUGUUUUGUCCCAAAUUUAGAAUUUAAAUGCAAGUAAGUUGUGAAUGUAACUGCUCAAACUAGUGUCAUAUUUAUUGAACGUAGGUACCGACUAUUUUUUAUUAUUUAUGUGAUGUAAAUGAAAUACUGCAAAUUUCAAAACUCUAGGCAGAAAUAUCAUUUUGAAUCAUGUUUAUUUGUACAUUGAAAUGUUCGCACAUGUGGUCAUUUUUACCAUCAAACUUAUUACUUAAGACAUGUACUAGUAGGUCCCGAUUUGCAAUAUUUCAGGCAUUGUUUUGUACAGCUGUCGUGCGAGACGAAUAAAGUGACAUAUUUUGGUGCAAUACA